GGAGAGCCUGGGAGAGUUCAGGCGACCCUUGCAAACACUCGAAGGCCAGUCAGGGAAAGGGAAAGCAAGUAGGGGAGGAGGCAGUCCGGUUGGCUCUGGAGUCAGCAGGCCUUGCUCUGUUUGUGUUGUGUUGCUUGUGGGGUACAUUAUAAAUGCAGCCAGUCCAGGGGCUCCUGGACCCAGAACCUCAGACUGCACUCACCCCAAAAGGCUGCGCAAGCCUCACCGAGAUGAAGCUGCCAGGCCAGGAGGACUCUGAGGUCUACAGUGCUCAUGAAAAUGGGUCCACAGGAGAGCUGGACAGUGGCCCUGGCUCUGGCCCCAGCCCUGAUGGCUCCUCAGACACUGAGGAAUCCAAGGACCCGCUGCUCUUCAUUCAGCUGAAUGAGCUGCUGGGCUGGCCCCAGGCGCUGGAGUGGAGAGAGACAGGCAGGUGGGUGCUGUUUGAAGAGAAGCUGGAGAUGGGUGGGGGCCGGUGGAGUGCCCCCCAUGUGCCCACCCUGGCGCUGCCCAGCCUGCAGAAGCUCCGCAGCCUUCUCAUGGAGGGCCUUGUCCUGCUGGACUGCCCAGCUCAGAGCCUCCUGGAGCUCGUGGAGCAGGUGACCAGAGUGGAGUCGCUGAGCCCGGAGCUGAGAGGGCAGCUGCAGUCCCUGUUGCUGCAGAGACCCCAGCACCUCAUCCAGACCACAAGCACCAGGCCCUGCUGGAGGUCUGCCCAUCCAAGAGAGGCUUCCCGCGGUGAGGAAGCCCUCCUGAAGGAGCAGCGUCAGAACUCCCUGAGACAGAAGCUGCCUCCAGGGGCUGAGGCCGGGGCUGUGCUGGCAGGAGAGCUGGGCUUCCUGGCACAGCCACUGGGGGCCUUUGUGCGGCUGCGGGAUCCAGUGGUGCUGGGGCCCAUUACUGAGGUGCCCCUCCCCAGCAGAUUUUUCUGCCUCCUCCUCGGUCCCCCAAUGCUGGGAAGGAGCUACCAUGAAAUGGGCCGAGCGAUGGCUGUCCUGCUCAGUGACCCGCAAUUCCAGUGGUCAGUUCGACAGGCCAGCAACCUUGAUGCCCUUCUGGCAGCCCUGGAUGCCUUCCUAGAGGAGGUGACAGUGCUCCCUCCAGGCCGGUGGGACCCAACAGCCCGGAUUCCCCCGCCUAAAUGUCUGCCCUCACAACACAAAAGGCUCCCCUUGCAAAUGCAGGAGGUCAAGGGCUCCUCUGCCCGGCGAUAUGGGUCUCCAGCUGAGGACAGGCACAGCCACGCGCCGCAGGCACCCAGCCCGGAGUUGCAGCGGAUGGGCAGGCUGUUUGGGGGCCUUGUCCAGGACGUCCGGAGGAAGGCCCUGUGGUACCCCAGUGACUUCUUGGACGCCCUGCACCCUCAGUGCUUCUCAGCUGUGCUCUACAUUUACCUGGCCACCAUCACUAACGCCAUCACUUUUGGGGGGCUGCUGGGAGAAGCCACCGAUGGUGCUCAGGGGGUGCUGGAAAGUUUCCUGGGCACGGCGGUGGCAGGCGCUGCCUUCUGUCUGAUGGCCGGCCAGCCCCUCACCAUCCUCAGCAGCACGGGGCCAGUGCUGGUCUUUGAACGCCUGCUCUUCUCCUUCAGCAGAGAUUACAGCCUGGACUACCUGCCCUUCCGCCUAUGGGUGGGCAUUUGGGUGGCCACCUUUUGCCUGGUGUUGGUGGCCACAGAGGCCAGUGUGCUGGUGCGCUACUUUACUCGAUUCACCGAGGAAGGCUUCUGUGCCCUCAUCAGCCUCAUCUUCAUCUACGACGCCGUGGGCAAAAUGCUGAGUUUGACCCGUGCCUAUCCCAUCCAGAGGCCUGGCUCUCCCGCCUAUGGCUGCUUCUGCCAGUACCCAGACCCUGGAGGAAAUGAGUCUCAGUGGACAAGGACAAAGCCAAAAGACAGAGACGACAUCUUAAGCACGGACCUGGGCCUGGUCAAUGCGUCCCUGCUGCCCCCACCUGAGUGUGUCCGGCUGGGAGGCCGCCCUCGUGGCCCUGGCUGUCAUACAGUUCCAGACAUCGCCUUCUUCUCCCUCCUCCUCUUCCUUACCUCCUUCCUCUUUGCCAUGGCCUUCAAGCAUGUCAAGACAAGCCGCUUCUUCCCAUCUGUGGUGCGCAAGGUACUCAGCGACUUCUCCUCAGUCCUGGCCAUCCUGCUGGGCUGUGGCCUUGAUGCCUUCCUGGGCCUGGCCACGCCAAAGCUCACGGUGCCCAGAGAGUUCAAGCCCACACUACCUGGGCGUGACUGGCUGGUGUCACCUUUUGGAACCAACCCCUGGUGGCUGAGUGUGGCAGCCGCUCUGCCUGCCCUGCUGCUGUCUAUUCUCAUCUUCAUGGACCAGCAGAUCACAGCGGUCAUUCUCAAUCGUGCCGAAUACAGACUGCGGAAGGGAGCUGGCUUCCACCUGGACCUCUUCUGUGUGGCUUUGCUGAUGCUGCUCACUUCAGUGCUUGGGCUCCCCUGGUAUGUCUCAGCCACUGUCAUCUCCCUGGCCCACAUGGACAGUCUUCGGAGAGAGAGCAGAGCCUGUGCUCUGGGGGAGCCCCCCAGCUUCCUGGGCAUCAGGGAGCAGAGGCUGACAGGCCUGGUGGUGUUCAUCCUUACAGGAAUCUCCAUCUUCCUGGCACCUAUACUCAAGUUCAUCCCAAUGCCUGUGCUCUAUGGCAUCUUCCUAUACAUGGGGGUGGCGGCAAUUAGCAGCAUCCAGUUUACCAAGAGGGUGCAGCUAUUAUUGAUGCCAGCAAAGCACCAGCCAGACCUCCUGCUUUUGAGGCAUGUGCCUCUGAGCAGGGUCCACCUCUUCACAGCCAUCCAGCUUGCCUGCCUGGGUCUGCUCUGGAUAGUCAAGUCUACACCUGCAGCCAUCAUCUUUCCCAUCAUGUUGCUGGGCCUGGUGGGGGUCCGAAAGGCACUGGAGUGGGUCUUCUCACCACAAGAACUUCUCUGGCUUGAUGAGCUGAUGCCAGAGAAGGAAAGGAGCACCCCAGAGAAGGGGCUGGAGCCAGAGUACUCGUUCAGUGGAAGUGACAGUGAAGAUUCAGAGCUGAUGUAUCAACCAAAGGCUCCGGAAAUCAACAUUUCUGUGAAUUAGCUGGAGUAGAAAUCUGUGAGUGGAGACUCCAGGAAACUGAGCACGAGGCUCUUUCCUAGGCUGCUGAGAACCACACUCCAGACAAGUGGAAGGAUUCUAUCACUUGCCCUCUCUGCCAGUCCUUCAUUAUAUUCACUCAUUAUCAAAACAUUUUCUGCCCUGGCCAGGUAGCUCAAUUGGUUACAGCAGCAUCCCAAUAUGCAAAGGUUGCAGGUUUGCUAUCUGGUCAAGGCAUACAUAUGAAGCAACCAACGAAUGAAUAAACAAGUAGAACAAUAAAUCUCUCUCUCAAGUCAAAUUGAAAACAAACAAAACAAAACACAACACACUCCACAUUUUCUGAGUACCCUUGGAAUAUCUAGGUACUAGAGAUACAGUAUAACUGUAUAAUCAUGGUCCCUGACCUCAGGAAGUUAAAAUUCCAGAGGGAAAGACAAACAGGUAACUGUUAGAGUGGGACAGUGCUGGGUAAGGGAAAGCACAGUGGGGGGAGAGGGGGAGGGUGUGAGCAGAGGCCUUUAAGUCCUUGGAGGAAGUAAAGGUGGGGUUGUGGGAGUUGGGGAAGGCUUCUAAGAGGGAGUGGUCUAUAAUUUGAAAUCUGAAAAAUGAAUAGAAGCUAGCCAGGACAAGCUGAUGGCACAACAUGUGCAAAGCCUGGAAUACCCCCUGCCUCUCCCCAUAAGCUGAACUCUAUUUUGGGCCAAAGAACACCCUCCUUUCCAUGCCUGUCAGAGCCCAAGAGCCUACCUACCCCUUGCAAUGGAAAUUCUGGGGUUCCAGAGAAAUUUAAUGACUGGCCCAGAAUAAGAUCUCCUGGGCUUUUCUUAUGCCCUGUCAAGGCUUUGCUCUGUUCUUUGCCCCUACUCUGUCCUGAACACUUGCUCUGACCCCACCACGUCCUCUCAGUUCACAGGUGUUUACUCAGGAAGUCAGGAUAUUGUUGGCCUUUGGCUUAACUGUCAGAGGCUCAGUCAGUUGGGAACCUGGAACAAUGGGUCAAGACUGGAAGGCAGCUGGCCAAGACCUCAGUCACCUUCCUGAGCUGGGGUGGAGAGUGUCAGGAACAAGCAGGUUUGCUUUGUGGUUAGGAGAGGCUGGUAAGCUGGAGGACCUGACCAGGCCCCAUUCACACUCAACCCCAUUAAAGGGACCUGAGUGCAGAAGCCCUUCCCAUUUCGAACUUCCUGUCCUCACAGAUUCUCUUUUAUAGAAUUGGUGGGUUGUCAGGGAAUUCUUGAAAAAAGAGAAACAAAGUCCCUCUAAAUUGAGUAUUCCUCCUUCUAUUUAAAACAGAUUUUUUUCACAUAUAAAAACAAUGUUCUCACCCAGCCUGCAUGGCUCA